UCCGGAAUUGAACAAUCACUGAACGCCUAGGAGCUUUCGAGUGUCCGCUGGCCCUAUUACUUAUGUACGUUUCUGUGGCACUAGCUGAUUACAAAAAUUGUGCCGUUUUUAUCAAAAACUGUUUGUGGUGAAGAAAACGUGUUUUUUUAUCUUCUGUACAUUGAUAACAAAAAUAUCACACGGAGUGCAAGUCGUUUCGGAGGAUUGUUUUCUAUGUAGAACUUUGCUGAUAAGUUUUAUCGCCUUUUGUCGACGACCUACGUAGACGUGCUCACGUAAAGCACGGGUGUGCGCGCCUUGGUGACAUACUGUGUGAAUCUUGAUAACCUGACUGUGACGUGGAAGCGUAAAUUUGCUGAAAAGUGUUCCAAACAUGGCGGACGGGACCGAUUCUACGUAUGAUGUGGCUGCGGCUGCCUUCAAGUUACCAGUUGUUGUGUCACCGCAAGCCAGUGCGCAGCAUAGCGAUAACAGCAGCAGUAGCAGCUCGGCCAGACAACGACAGCAGAUUGAACAUUCUACGAUCGAUAGUGAGGCGAGCGCAUCGCACGAAGAGACCAAGGAAGUUAGUGAAAGUGAAAACGCAACUAGUAAACAUUCCGAUAACGAGGCGGUCAGUGCAACGGUAAGAGAUAAGACCGAUACGUUAUCAACAGAGCUCGCGCCCGGUGUUGUAGGUGGUAGCGGCCACACAAGUGAUUCUAUGAUUUAUUCAACGAUAAGAACAAACGAGGAGCAUGUAAACACUCCUUCGGUGAUAACGUCUAGUUCUAAACAGUUGCAAGAAAGUGCACAGAAGUACGAAUCAUAUGUUAACGCGAAUCAUCAGCUGGGAUCCCCACCGCGAUACUCCACGUUGCAUCCGUUGAUAAGUCCAAGCUUGCAUCAACAGGUGAGUUAUUUCAACUACGCGGCGCAGGAACCGUCGUUCAACAGUUGGCCCUGCGAUCUUUCGUACAAGGCUAGUAGUGAUAUUGGACGACAUCACCACGUUCAGCAUGCGGAGAGUGAUGAACGCGAAUUGAACCAUCAUCACCAACACCAGCAAAGAGAAGUGUACUGCAGCAGUGCUAAUAAUCAUCAUUCGCACGAUUCGCAUUCUCACCAGCAUCCAGACCAUUCAAAUUUAAAUUUGAAUAUCAAUCCAAUUAGUAGCGAAUCGUCAGCCAUGAGGAGUAGUCUGUUGGCGUUUUGUCCGCCGUAUGGCUCGUCGUUAGCGCAGCAUGGUGGUGAAGAAUUGCAACACCACCAAUCGAGCCAUGCUCAUCAGCAUGGAUCUGCAAUCGAUGAAGUGAUUGCGGAUACCUUGAAGGAUGAAAGCUGCAAUAUUGUGGAUCACUAUCUAACUCUCAGUGGUGCGGGUGUUGAUAUGGGGCACCCAGGGCCUUCGGGAGCAGAUAUGGCAGACGAUUCGCCGCAGCAUCAGCAUCAUGAGCUGCACGAUUUGAAGGACUACAGUGCUGCGGUUUAUCAUAACAACAAUGAUAAGAGUGUGAUCAAUUUCAACCAUCAUCACCAUAAUCACCAUCAGCAGCAGCAGCAGAACGCACACAACAAUGGCAACAGCAGUGGCGGCGAAUCGCGUAGUCCUUCGGGCUAUUCACACGAUGAGCUGGACAGCAGUCUAACGAAUUUGACUCAGUUGAUCAACGUACCUCGCGCAAGUGAUACCAGCACUUCAGCGGUGGUGGCAGUGGCGACGGCGGCUGCAGCAGCUUCGGCCAGUAUGUACCAAUCUUCACCGGUGCACGACCACACGGCGGCCGUAGCCCUGAUGCAGCAUGGGACCAGCAUCUACGAUACGCUGCAUGGAGCGGGUAUCCCUAGCAGUCCAUCGUACAGUCGGUGCGGUUUCGCGACGGCGGCAUCAAUGCAAUACUUCGGAGGCAGUCCCACGCACGAGCCGGUUCACAUGUGGUCUCCAGGGGUAGGACUCAGUGAGAACGAGUACAUCAAGGGCAGUCUACCGGGGUUCCAGAGGAUAGCUCCCAGUACGAAUGCUGCCCGAGCCAAUCACUAUGGUUCCGGCUAUUCACAACAGUCAGAACCAGCAUGGCCAUCACACUACGAGGCGAGUGCGAUCGCUUACAGCACUGCAUCCAGCAAUAAUAGCUCAUCGGGUCGACGGCCUUCCACAAGUGUACCUUCGACGACACCAUUCUCGGCAGCCGCCUCACUGACUGCAAUGGGCAUAGAGGCGGACUUGUUUACCGAGGGACGAGAAUGUGUCAAUUGUGGAGCGAUUCAGACUCCACUGUGGCGCCGGGACGGAACUGGACACUAUUUGUGCAAUGCGUGCGGUCUCUAUCACAAGAUGAAUGGAAUGAAUCGGCCGCUAGUUAAGCAGCCCAGACGCCUGGUAAAAGAACCUAGUUCAGCGCGACGCGUCGGACUGCAAUGUUCCAACUGUAACACCAUGAACACUUCGCUCUGGAGACGCAACCAGGUCGGAGAACCGGUGUGCAAUGCCUGCGGUUUGUACUACAAGUUGCACAACGUCAACCGACCGUUGGCCAUGAAGAAGGACAACAUUCAAUCACGCAAACGCAAACCAAAGGGCAGCAAAAAUGCCGAUGGAACGUCCAGCUCGAAGAGCGGCAGCAGCAAUAGCAACAACAAUAACAGCAGCAACAGCAAUAAUAAUGGCAGCAGCAACAGCAGUAGCAAUAAUCCGAGUAGUACUAGCAACAGCAGCAGCAAUAACCACAACUCAACCAGCUCGCUGAAUUCGUCCGUGCUAGGAAACUCUGUGCAUGAAUUGAAAUCUCUGAAGUCAUCGGUGGGCCACUCAAGCAUCAUUCAGUCCACGUCGACGCCAUCCAGCGUUGGGAGCAACAUGUCCCCAACGCAUCAAUCGGCUUCUCCGUCACAUCACAACCAGCUGUCGCCAAUCUCGUAUACCCAACAGAUCCCAUCUCCGAUCACCGGAACACCCACGAGUACCAUCGUUAACAACAAUACCAGCAGCAUGAAUAAUAACAACGGAAUGGGAAAAUAUGGCCAUCAGAAAAGUGUCUUCAUGAUGCCUCCGCUAGGUGCUCCAUUGACCAAUGCCAACGUUAUGGCUGGUCACCAAUCGCUCAGCCCGAUGGGUUACCAUUUGAACAACAAUAACUCCUCGAACGGUUCGAUGAUGAGCCCAAAAUACCACCACAGUCCUCCGGAGUCUCCAAACAGCAUGUACUACGAUAUGAUGGCAUCGGAAGUGAACGGUGUCGAUCAGCACGGGUUGGGAUCCAUCGUAAAGAUGGAACCGAUGUCAGUUGCCUACACGUCCUACCACCAGGCUAUCCAUCAACAGGUUGUGCAGCAACACCAUCAACAAAUGCAACAACAUCAGCAGCAUGUUCAGCAAAUGCACAGCCAUAGCAGGAGUCCCUCAAUCUCGGAUGAAAACGAUCAGAGCCACCAAUCGUCGGAAGGUCUAGACUGCAAGCACAACAUCACUCGCCCAACUGUGGUUUCCAUGUCGAGCUAAGCGCCAACAAAGCUAGAAAACAAGAGAAAAAAAAAUGCAAUUUAAGAAUCUCAUGCUCAAAACCAAAUGUAGGAAGAAUCGAAAAGACUUGACAGAAUAGAAGGAAAUCACGAUCACGUGCACAACACGUAUGAUGAUUCAUCAAGACCCCCUCGUUCGAGAGUGAAUCCCCAGACGGCAGGGCAGGGCUCUGCAUCAAAAUGGAGCUUAUCUUCUUCCGUAAAAGCUCCAGAAUUUAGAAGCAUUUCAACAAGAGAUAAGGACUGCAAUUAGAAACCAGAAUUUAUCGUACGCUAGUAGCGGACCGAGAGAGUCUAUUCACUUUUAUAAAAACCAAUCACUUAAUGUUAGGAAAAAUGUGUUGUAAACUGCGUUAUAAAACCAUAGCAUAUGAACGAGUGUGUCAUCUAAUCAGCUGCUUUAGAGUAAAAUGAACUGAUGUGUUUGUAAAGUUUGCUUGUUGUAAAUAAGUUUAAAGACUCUGUUUAUGAACCAAAAAACCUUUGAAAUGAAUGUGGAUGAAUCAUAGGAUUAGGACUAGUUGUUGUUGUAAUCAUAAGCAAGCUCUCUAACUCACGACAAUACUUCGUAUACUUUCCAUGGCUUAGUUAGUGAUUUCUGAUCUGUUACGCUGUAUAUCUCUCAACAGAUAGAAUCGCUAUUUUUAUCACGAAUUCAGCAGAAUACCAAAUUUUUGUUUUACAUCCGUUAUUUGUUAAAAAGUAGGUUUAAGACUAGCCAAAUAAAGCACUCCCUUUUAAGCGCAAA